UCUGAGUUUCCAGUGUGACCACUUCUUCUUUCCAGACCUGGCAGAUCCAUACAGACGCUCUACCCCUGGUUGGAGUCUCGUUGCUUAGUGGUGCUCACUGCUGCUGGGUAUAGAUCUGCCUGGACAGACCAAGACCCAGGGGACUGUCAUAAAUAGAACCACUUAGAGACAAUUGUGGUGUCUAUGAACUGAAAAUACGCUGACCUAUUACUUCUUCAGGAGCUCUUGGUACAAUCUGAACAAUGGAACAAUUUCUCAUGACCAUAACCUGUUGUAGAGUUGCAGAUUCUCAGGCCUGUCCUGAAGAGGCCAUAUCCAUGGUUACAGAUCAGCAUGAUCUUAAUUUAAAUUACACACCAAAGAGAAGUUGAAGGUAUGUUUCAUAUUCUACUGAAUACUUCAGUUAUUUCCUACCAACUGAUGAAAAAAGUUUUGCUGAGCUUAACAUGUGGGAUUAAAAUAUUUGAAGGUAAAUGCAAGGUAUUAAUGAAAAAUCAUAUUCAAUAACAAAUAAACAAUUACUAAUGGAUUGUCAGUUGAUUUAUGACAGUUACUCAUGAAAAAUCUUCAUACUUAAAUACCAAAAACUACUUAAAUUUUGUCAAUAUUCAGUGGAAUUUUAUUGCAGAGUUUAAGCCUGACAUAAGAAAAAUCUUUUCCACUGACUGACUUGAGAGUCUUAAAUAGUCUUAUUAGCAGAUGUGAAUAUCUGACCACUUGAUGCAGGACACAGCAGAGAGUUAACCUGCACUUUCUUAUUCACCAAUGCUUUUCCAGUGAUUAUUGAAUAAAAAGGUCAUUAUCAAUUAAGCAUAUAUGUGUUUUUUGUAUUCCACGAAAAAAAUGUUAAAAUCCUUUUCAUAAUGUGACUAUUUCGAAAACCUUUACCCAGUUCUGAAAAUUUGUAUUAUUUGGAAAAUGUACAUAUAAAUCAAAUACUGUUAUUUCAUUCUGAACUGGAAUAAUGUUAAAUAUGCUAUGUGCUGUGCAUUGUGCAGGUAAGGCAUUCUAUUUUAUUUAUUCACACUAAAAUCAUUACUUCUUGUAUAAAACUUUUUCACUUUCCAAAUCUUGUAGCCUGUUCUCCAUUUUGACCACAGUCUGUGUUUUGCUCUGUUUUUGCCUUGUGUGACCAUGAUUCUGACUUGAUUCAGCAUGAUUCUGGCCUAUAUAUUAGCUGAAGAUUUUUGACCUAUCUUUGCCUUUUUUGGAUAUACAGUAUCUACCUUUGGAUUUGUUUUGUAUAUAAUGAAAGCUCUCCUGCACAUGUGUAUGUACAGCUUUCUCUGUUCUUCUGACAAUUUAAAUUAAACUAAAACUAAACUCUUAAAAUGAACUUAGAACAACACUGCUUGAGGAAAGAUAUACAUUUAAUAAUUACAUUUUUUCUACAACGCCCCUGAAUUGAUUUAUGUUAAAUUUGAUCAUGUGUAGUGAUAAUCUAGCCAUGGGGGUCACAGUCCAGUGACUUUUGUGCCGAUCCUAAGGCCGGAUAAAUAGAGAGGGUUGUGUCAGGAAGGGCAUCCGGUGUAAAACAUUGCCAAACUUAAUCAUGCGAAUUGUCAGUGCUCUGAAUUUCAUACCGGACUGGUCGAGGCCCGGGUUAACAACAACCGCCAUCGGCGCCGUUGACCUACAGGGCACCAGUGGAAAUUGGGCUAUUGUUGGUUGAAGAAGUAGAGGAGGGAGAAGAGUGCGUAGACAGACAGAGAAGAGGAAAGGUAAGGACUGAGAACAGGAACUCUGAAUGUUGGUACUAUGACAGGGAAAGGUAGAGAGCUGGCUGAUAUGAUGGAGAGAAGGAAGGUGGAUAUACUGUGUGUACAGGAGACCAGGUGGAAGGGUAGCAAGGCUCGUAGUAUAGGAGCAGGAUUCAAGCUGUUUUAUUAUGGUGUGGAUAGUAAGAGAAAUGGGGUAGGAGUGGUCCUGAAGGAGGAGUUUGUGAGUAGUGUUCUGGAGGUGAAGAGAGUGUCAGAUAGGGUGAUGAGUCUGAAGUUGGAGAUUGAAGGGGUGAUGUUGAAUGUUGUUAGUAGUUAUGACCCACAGGUAGGUUGUGAGUUAGAGGAGAAAGAGAGAUUCUGGAGUUAAUUAGAUGAGGUGGUAGAGAGUAUUCCUUUGGUUCCCACUCUCUUCCCAUGAGAGAGUGGUGAUAGGAACAGAUUUUAAUGGACAUGUUGGUGAGCGGAACACAGGUGAUGAGGACAGUGGUGAGGUGUGCUGUAGCUCAGACAGAGGAAGUGUUCAAAGUGGAGGUGGGACUGCAUCAGAGAUCGGCUCUGAGCCCCUUCCUGUUUGCUGUGGUGAUGGACCAGUUGUCAGAGGAGGUCAGACAGGAGUCUCCUUGGACAAUGAUGUUUGCAGAUGACAUUGUGAUCUGUAGUGAGAGCAGGGAGCAGGUGGAGGAAAAUUUGGAGAGGUGGAGGUUUGCGCUGGAGAGAAGAGGAAUGAAAGUCAGUCGUAGUAAGGCUGAGUACAUGUGUGUGAAUGACAGGGAGGGAACAGUAAGAUUACAGGGUGAAGAGGUGAAGAAGGUACAGGAGUUUAAGUACUUGGGGUCAACAGUCCAGAGAAAUGGAGAGUGUGGGAAAGAGGUAAAGAAGCGAGUGCAGGCAGGUUGGAAUGGGUGGAGAAAGGUGUCUUGAUUUCUGUGAUAGAAAAAUUCCAGCGAGAAUCAAGGGGAAGGUGUAGAAGACAGUGGUGAGACCGGCCAUGCUGUAUGGUUUAGAGACAGUAUCACUGAGACAGAGACAGGAGUCAGAGCUGGAGGUAGCAGAGCUGAAGAUGUUGAGGUUCUCUUUGGGAGUGACGAGGUUGGACAGGAAUAAGAACGAGUACAUCAGAGGGACAGCUCAUGUUGGACGUUUGGGGAACAAAGUUAGAGAGGCCAGGUUAAGAUGGUUUGGACAUGUUCAGAGGAGGGAGAGUGACUAUAUUGGUAGGAGAAUUUUGGACAUGGAGCUGUCAGGCAGGAGGCAAAGAGGAAGGCCAAGAGGAGGUAUAUGGAUGUAAUAAAUGAGGAUAUGAAGCUAGUGGGUGUAAGUGUUGAGGACGCAGAAGAUAGGGAUAGGUGGAGAGAGACGAUUUGCUGUGGCCACCCCUGAAGGGAAAAGCUGAAAGAAGAAGAAGAUCAUGUGUAGUGAUGUAGUACUUUUUUUUUUUUACUGGUGAUGAGAAUUGCUGAGGGGUUUUAAUCACAUUUUUCAUUUUUCAUAGUGAGUUUAUCUACAAUACAUCAUUAAUGAAGCAAGGUCUUUCCAUACUCCUGUUUUUCACAGGAUUCCCUCUCAUCCUGUCUGUCCCUCGUAAGUACUAUCUGAUCCAGGAGGGGAAAACCUGGAGUGAUGCUCAAGCUUACUGCAGAGCCACACACACUGACAUGGCUAUCAUCCAAAGUAAUGAUGACAUGAUCCGACUUCAGAAUGAAGCACAGAGACAAUGAUUCAGUUUGAACGCUUGGAUUGGACUCUACAAUGACAUCAACAGCUGGCGCUGGUCCAUGGGAAAUGAGCCACUGGGAAUUACGAAAUGGGCACCAGUUGAACCCAACAACUCAGGUGGACAUGAGGAGUGUGGUGUGAUUUCUCCCACAGGUUGGCAGGAUUGGUUCUGUUCUGCACUAUUCCCUUCUGUCUGUUGUAAUGAAAAUAAAACUGGAAAUCAGAGGUACAUUUAUAUUCCUAAUACUAUGACUUGGCAUGAUGCUCAGGUUUACUGUAGACAGCAUCACACAGACUUGGCCAGCUCCAGAGAUGCAACUGAAGACUCAGUUAUAAGGGGACUGCUCUCUGGCAACACUUGGUUUGGUAUGUUCAGAGACUCCUGGAAAUGGAUAGACCAAACCAAUUUCUCUACCCUCAGCUGGACGGCUGGAAAACCUGAUAAUGCCCUGAAGAAUGAAAACAGUGGUUAUAUAAAUAACAUUCAGGUUGCUGAUGCACUGUGCUCAGACAUAAUGCCUUUCUUCUGUUACUCAGUAAUCACGGGAAAACAACAAAUAGUUAGAGUGAAGGUCCUAUCCAAUGAGGAUGUGAAUAAUCCUGCAGUGAUGGUGGCCAUCUUGGAUCAGAAACUGAAGGAUCAUUUGAGGACAGAGAACAUCACAGUAAAAUGGCGCAAACAACCAGAUGGAGUUGUGUUUCACAAGGUGAAAAAAGAAAAUAAUACUACAGUGUAAAAUAAAAAGUUUGACCUCUAAAUCUAUGCUCCUUUUAAGUUAUUUUUAGGUUAUUUUUAGAUGCAUGCUAAUUUUAGAAUAAUUGUUUAGCUGUUAUAUUUAUAUUAGCAUAUUAAAUAAAUGAUGUUAAAUCUCUUUCUAUAACAUAUAGUCGAUAAGGAACGUAUAUUAAUACCUGGUUUUAGAUUCUUCUAUAAUAAAACAAAAAGGUGAAAGGAACCCAUAACACAUCUGGUUUAUCUUUGACUUUCUCAUGAUCACAUCUUGUGUAAUGGAUGUGAUCUUUAAGGUGGAAACUGAGAUUCAACACUAGUUGAUAUUAAAUACUGACAAAAAGGCUGGAAGUCUUUGAAAAACAUCUUGGCUGUGUGUCUUUUCAAAUCAUUUAUUAUUUUGUCAUUAUUUCAUUCAAAGAGUUGUAUGAUACUCUGGCACUGUACUUAUUCAUCUAUUAAUUUAGCUAUUUAUCACUUUAUUUAUUCAUAAAAUAUAUAUUUACUACAUUAAUUCUGCAAUGUUUCUGUAUCCUUGUAAUACAGCAUACCGCCAUUCAUCUGACUGCCAUAGGGACCAGUCACCUGAGUAUUGAUUCACUUCAACUCAGUUGAUUUGUGUAGUUUAGCAGAUUCAGGAAUGAAUAGCAUAUGCUAAUA